AUGUACAAAUCAAAAGAAGAAGGUGGCAUCAAUCUGCUCGACAUAAAAUCAAGAAACGACACAAUAGAAAUCAUUUGGGUCAAGUCCUACCUAGAUCUAUCCGCAUCCAGACCAACUUGGGCCCCGUUAAUGGACCUAAUACUGAACAACAUUAGACCGUGCGUCAACGACAAUGAAAACAACAACACUAACCCCUUUCUAACAUCGUGGACCCCCCCAAUAAGAGGUAAUAAAAUGAACUCCCUACCACGCGUGGCACAAAUGCUCUUAAAGACCGCUAGAAAAUACAAUAUCAGUUUCAUGCCUAUCAAAAUUUCAAAAGAUCUGAAAAAGAACUUACUGGCAUGGAGCCAUAUAGGAACCCCAACAAACGCCUACCACAAAACAAAAACUAAAUGCCUGAAUGAAACACACAAGUCAACAAAGGUUAAAAACCUCUUAAAAAUACGCAAGAAACUUACCCACAUCAAUGAUGAAGACCGACACUUCCCUCGAAAAAACUGCCCCUGCACAGCAUGCCAAAAAGACCGCAGAAUAGGAUGCAAAGACCCCCAUAAGUGCGCCCAGACCGCAAAUGAAAUCCUAUUUAGAAUCACCCCAAAAUUCAACACAAAAACAAAACCCAAAAAAGAUGGUCUAUCACUCACCCGACGGAGAAAAGAAAAAAAUCAUCAAGCCCACGAAAGCAGACAAGGAGAGAUCCUUUUUGACCCCACCACUACCAUCCGCUCAAACCUUACAGACUGCUUUAGAAUCUUCUCGAACCCAGAACAUAACUCCCUCACCCCAGCCCACAGACUACAAGCGCCAGUGAGAGGCCUAAACCUACUACAAGAUCAUAUCACAAUCUUCACUGACGGCUCAUGUAUAAACAACGGGAAGGAAAACUCACAGAGUGGAGGUGGUAUAUGGCUCGGAGAGAACCACCCAAAAAAUCUUGCCUUCAGAAUCCCAGGAAGCAAACAUUCUAACCAAAUAGCCGAGAUAUCAGCAAUACUUCUGGCACUGCAAUGA